CAAAAUGUUUAAUCUUGGGGAUUUGGAGCACGUAUCACAUGCUCUCUCUGUCUCUGCUGCGCAGUCUUCUCUCUCUCCAUCAGCAGCCCGAUUAGCCGCGCUCCGUCGGGUUUCUUUCUUGCCAGCCUCGCGUCCUUUAAAAACAGUCUAACUUAUUUUUGCAGCCAUGCAAAACUAAUGAAGGGCGGCUAAGCUAAAUUAUUAGCCAGAAGGGUAAAUCGUUAAACCUGGGCACAGCUACAGAUAUUUAGAUUGAAAAGAGUAAAGUAAAAAGGAGAGGGAGGCAAGAAGAGAACAACUCGGGAAGAACUAUUUUGCUUGAGGCUGUGCGGUUUAAAAUAAAAAAAAAAUACUUUUUUUUUUGUUGUUUUUGCAAUUGGCAUUUGGUUUCACAAUGCCGUCGAGCUACAGCCAGCGCUCAUUGACGGUUCUGACGUUCCUUGGGAUUCUGUCUGCGAUCAUGUCGGUUUUGUCCGUCAUCCUGAUUUUUCAGCUGCAGUCGAACCAGGCUGGAAUUAAGGCUGUUACCUCGCCCCCCUCGGGAAUCCCGGCCGAGAUCUCCGGAGUUCUCCUGCCUGUGGCCGCUGUCCUCACCGCCCUGUCCCUGACACUAAACCUCAGCUCGGUGGUGGUGUGUCUGCUGCACGGUUACUUUGCCACGGAGAUCUGCAGACAGGACGUCGACACUGACAGGGCAGACUGGCUCCUAUUGGACAGCAGAGGGGUCCGUCACGUAGCCAUUGGCCUGUUUUGUCUGGGGGUCUCGGUAUACUUGACAGCUCUCUCCAUCUACAUGCUGAUGCUGUUCGAGAUCGAGACCGGGAUUGCCAGCGCUUGCAUCCUGUCCUCAGGGAUCUUAGUGCUGCUUGUUAUGGUGGUACACUCCCUGCUGAAGGCGUCACGCACGGCCAAGAACUACCGCUCGGAGCUCCCCAACACCAUGUUCCAGAAUGACCACGACCACGACCACGAAAAUGCCACGCCAGCCACAGAGCCCAGCGGCGGCAUCAGGGAGACACAGAAGCCGCAGGCCCGUCCGGAAAUCCACCGCCAGUUCUCCUACCCACCCUACAGCGACGACAAGCAGCUGCUGUGCUCCUCCCCCUCCGGAAGCCACCUGACCUCCACCACGGGAAGCCACAGGGCCGACAGCAGCGCACCACGGAUGCACAGGACACUGUCGGCAGAGUCGGGCUUGUUGCAGGGGCAGGCUCAGCCAUGGAACGGGAUCAACAGCGAGAUGAGGACUGUGCUGGCCAGGAAGUCUGGAGGCACUGGGAAAGACUCUACCCUGGUCUGAGCUUCUUAUUGGUUUCGAUUGAUUUGGGUUAACUUCACUGAAUCCUAGAUACCCCUACAGCUGUAGCCAGUGCGUUAUAUUCAAUAGAACUGCCCCGGACCCCAGAUGUAGCAUCAAUCUCCUCUAGAGUGGAGCUAGUGUAACAGGCAGUGUUGUGUGAUGCACUGCAUUAAGGAUUUUGUCCUCCAUCAGCAAGAGGUUAAAAGCUCUAAAACCAUGAAUGCAGAAGAGCCUGGCUGUUUUGCAUUGCAGUUAAGAAGCUUGCUUGAGGUGCACUGGGUCACCUGGUCGCGCCCAGCCUCUGCCCUAUUAAAGCAAAGGGGAAAAUCACACAAACAAAAUGUCAGAUCAGAACUGCAAAAUAUCUCAGUUAACACCGGCUGCUACUGCAGGAGUUUCCAGAAUAACAAGGGGCUACAUAAGAACAACGAUCUUUUUUUUUUUAACUUCAUGUCAGUAUUUUAGGGCAGCAGAUAAUGUAGAAAUGUUGACCAAAAACAAAACGAGCCAAAAAACGAAACGCUCUCACCCCCAUAAACCCUGAAUGAACAAAAAAAGGUGAUUGCACCCCAAAAAAAAAUGCUGCAAGUGGUCAAAACCAGGCGCUUCUGAACGUCAGGUUGGGCUUUCCCACAGGACCGUUGUGAUGCUAACAAUCACACUUACUGCUGGAUUUUUGGUACCAACUUUCACUAUAUUUUCUUCGUUACAGCAGGAAACCUGCUUAAGCGUGAGCAUUACAAAAUUUCAAGACAAAAUGAUAACACCAUUUAUUUCUCUGAUGCAUUUCCUAAGUUUCUUCAUUCUUAAGGAUAAAAGUCUGCUCCCCUUUUUAAAGCUCCAACCAACUACACUCAAUGCUUACAAAGAGGCAGUGUACAGAUGUGUACAGAUGAUAAUAAGGAGACCAAAGCUGGUCUGUGCAACUGUACCAAUAAAUUAUAAAAACCAUGAUCUCAUUUUACCUGUUAAACCUGGAAUGGUACGAUCCUCCAGGACUGUGAUUGGACACCCGUGAUGUAUACAACAACUGAAUUUCCUUUUUGUUUCUCAGAAUAAAAUAAGAAAAAAAACUCUUGGGUUUUA